AUGACGGGUGUUCGUGCUGGAGGAGAUGGCGGUAGUAGCGCGAUCAAGGGCGAAUGUCACGACCCUCCUCGCAGAACUAACAAUAGACUGCAAUCAGACGACGACGAACGACCGGGCUGCUUCUCCCGCCACGUCAAGCAACCCGCGCAGCUCCUCUACCAACGAUGCUUCGUCGAACUCGUCCUGCGUCAGAAGCCGCUGCCUCCCUCGAAAGAUGGCCGCAACGUGCCCUUGCGAGUGUCCCAUCCCGAGCUGCUGGUCGACGAGAGGAAGGGACAUGCGUACAUCUCGAACACCAUACGAUCCAGUCGCUACACUCCGUGGGAUUUCCUUCCCAAACAAUUCCUCUUCCAAGCCACUCGCCUACACAACUUCUACUUCAUCUGUAUCGGAGUACCGCAGGCCAUUCCGGGCUUCUCGACAACGGGAAACUACACCACCAUCCUCCCGCUGACGUUCUUCAUCUUACUUACCAUCGUCAAGGAAGCAUACGACGACUACAGGAGACAUCGUAUGGAUGAGGUGGAGAACAACCAGUUCGCGAGGGUCUUGAAAGUGAAAGACGAAGCAGAAGAAUCGCUGGUGGUCAAAAGACCAUUAAUUCGAGCUUUCUCGACGCUCUCCCGGUUGUCGAUUCUACCGUGGUCCAGUAAACAGGCAGACACUGAAGGGUGCGAGGAGAAAGAGCCGGAUGAGGACGAACAAUUUGCGUGGAAGAGGGUCAAAUGGCACAACAUCAAAGUGGGCGACGUGCUCAAGUUGAGACGAGAUGAGCCACUGCCUGCAGAUAUCGCAUUACUCCAUGCAAGCGGGGAGAAUGGUGUCGCUUUCAUUGAAACAAUGGCGUUGGACGGCGAGACCAGUCUCAAGAGCAAGCAAGCUCCGCCAGCGCUGCUUCAUUCAUGCCGAUCUGUUAGCGACAUCAGAACCUGCGCUGCCGAGUUCGUCUUGGAGGAUCCAAACAAAGACCUCUACGAGUUCCAGGGCAAAGUCAUAGUCGAGGGCAAGACGCUGCCCUUGACACUCAACGAGGUCGUCUUCCGUGGCAGCGUGCUGAGAAACACCGAUUCUGUCGUUGGGAUAGUAAUCAACACCGGAGAAGAGUGCAAGAUCCGCAUGAAUGCGAGUCAUAAACCCAGUGCUAAGAAGCCCCGUCUGGAGAAAUAUGCAAAUCAGGUUGUGCUCACUCUGAUCUUCUACGUGAUCAUCCUUUCUGUCGGGGUAUCGAUGGGCUACCUCCUCUGGCACAGCAACUUCGAGACGGGAGCAUGGUACCUGAACGAUGCUUAUGUCCCGUUCCAGCAGAUCAUUGUCGGUUUUCUGAUCAUGUUCAACAAUGUCAUUCCAUUGGCGCUAUACGUGAGCUUGGAAAUCGUCAAGAUAGGGCAGAUGCUCAUGGUACAAAGCGAUGUGGACAUGUACGAUGAAGAUUCGGACACGCCGACGAGAUGCAAUACAAAUACUAUCCUAGAGGACCUUGGUCAGGUUAGCUACGUGUUAAGCGACAAAACAGGCACCUUGACGGAGAAUGUCAUGCGGUUUCGCGGUAUGAGCCUAGGUGGCGUGGUUUGGAUGCACGGCGAGGAACCAGACCUACAAGUGCAGGACGAUGCGUCAAAGCCUAGGAUCUCUUCCGAUUAUCGACCAAAGGCAGCGGCCGACAAAGUAGACCUGGAUGAUGCCGGCUUCGUUGUUGAAGAAAGAGAGAUCGGAGCCUCGAUGCAGCGUGUAUCGAAACCUCGAUCGUCGCUAGCUCUUUCGAGACGAUCGAUGAGCCGGCCCAGGCUACCAGAGACACAGCGAACCACAAAAGAACUGCUCGAUCUCAUUCGCCGGGACGCCGAAUCUGUGACAGCGCGAAAAGCACGAGAAUUCUUGCUUGGCCUGGCUCUCUGCCAUACGGCUCUACCCGAAGCCAAAGAUGGCCAAGUCGAUUUUCAAGCUUCUUCGCCAGACGAGGUGGCUCUGGUGCGAGCUGCGCAGGAACUCGGAUAUCUGCUUAUUGGGCGCUCGUCUCAAAAGAUCGAGUUGCUUGUUCCCGCCGCGGACGGCAGUCAAAGGAAGGAAACGUACCAGAUUCUCGAGGUUAUUGAGUUCAGCAGCAAACGAAAGCGCAUGUCCAUCGUCGUACGCUGUCCAGAUGGUCGAAUUUGGCUCAUCUGCAAGGGCGCCGACAGUGCUAUCAUUCCACGCUUACGACAGUCCGAUCUUGCGGUGAGGAAGUCCACUGAAGUUCGACGCAGCAUGGACAUAGGUAGGCACUUGCAACGAAAGAGCGAAGCCAACGAACCAAGGAACAGCUUUGGAGCUAGACCGAGCUUGCACGCGCGUGGCCGAAGCUCAAUGGACAUUCGUAGAUCAUUCGGCAUUGGAAGGGCUACGCUUGAAGUUCCAAAGCGUAGCUACGAGGCUCGCAACAGCUUACACGAUGACCUCGCGCAUGUCGAGAACGCCGACGACGCUACUCUCUUCACGCGCUGCUUCAAACACAUUGAUGAUUUUGCCACUGAAGGUUUGCGAACGCUUCUGUUUGCGCACAAAUACCUCGAUGCUGAACAGUACAACGGCUGGAAGAAAAUCUACCAGGAGGCCACCACUGCACUGACUCACAGACAGGACCGCAUCGAGGCUGCGGGUGAGACGAUCGAACAAGGCUUCGAUUUGUCAGGAGCAUCCGCUAUUGAAGACAAGCUUCAAAAGGGCGUACCAGAGACUAUUGAUCGACUUCGACGAGCCAACAUCAAGAUUUGGAUGCUGACGGGCGACAAACGGGAAACAGCCAUCAACAUUGCGCACUCAGCACGGAUUUGCCAGCCGGCGUCUUUGGUCUACAUCUUGGACUCCACGAAAGGCGAUGUCCACGGACAGAUGAGCGAGAUUAUGCAUGAAGGUGGUGCCCAUAGAGUGGUUGUCAUCGAUGGUCACACGCUAUCUCUCGUAUCCGCCACGCCCGAUCUCCGACAUCUGUUCUUCACAUUGUUGAUGGCGGACAUCGACUCCGUCAUCGUCUGUCGUGCGUCGCCGGCUCAGAAAUCUGACAUUGUGAAGGCCAUUCGUGCAAGACUCCCAGGCUUGACAUUAGCCAUUGGAGACGGAGCCAACGACAUUGCCAUGAUUCAGGCAGCGCACGUCGGAAUCGGUAUCUCCGGCAAGGAGGGCCUCCAAGCUGCGCGAGUGGCGGACUACAGUAUCGCGCAGUUUCGCUACCUACAGCGCCUACUCCUCGUUCAUGGACGGUAUCAGUACGUCCGCACUGCAAAAUUCAUCCUCCUCACUUUCUGGAAGGAAAUGUUCUUCUACAUGAUGCAAGCUCUGUACCAACGCUACAAUGGCUAUACCGGUACCUCUCUAUACGAGUCCUGGUCCCUCACUGUGCUGAACACCCUCUUCACCUCACUUUGUGUUAUCAUCCCUGGAAUCUUCGAGCAAGAUCUCCGGCCCGCGACUCUUCUCGCCAUUCCAGAGCUAUAUGCCUACGGCCAGCGCAAUCAAGGCCUCAAUCUGAGAAUGUACAUUGUCUGGAUGGUGAACGCUACCGCUUGUGGCAUGGUUGUGUGGUUCAUCAUCUGGGCAUCUUAUGGUUAUUUCAACGUCAUGGGCGACAAUGGCCUCUUUGCUCUCGGAGACCUGGCUUUUUCAUUGGGUAUCGUCUGGACUAACUGGAAGAUCUUCAUCAUUGAGACGCACUACAAAACGCUUGUUGUCAUGCUUUCUUUCGCCAUUACUGUUGCUGGCUGGUGGGCUUGGAAUGGUUUCAUGAGUGCGAUCUACAUGAAUAAUCUGUCUCCAUAUGAUGUCAACGGCGGCUUCAGCGAUACUUUUGGCGCGGAGUGGAAUUGGUGGCUGACGUUUCUCGUCGGUUUCAGUGUCCUUGCGACUGCGGAGCUGGUCUACGGAGCCACGAAGAGGAAUCUGAUCGCUAGUGGGGCGUGGCCGCCGUGGAAGUAUUUGCCUUUCAAGGGCGUGCGGCACAGCGAGAGUAUGGCUGAGGAUAUGGAUUUGGAGCUUUGGCAGGAGAUGGAGAGGGAUCCUGCUGUCAGGGAGAAGCUGGAGAUGAUGGCCAGAGAUGAGGUUGGAGAGGAGGUUGGGGGCGGGGGAGAGGACUGUGAGAAGUAG